CUGAUCGCGAGAGAAUAGAUGCCACCAUGGAAUUCAGCAAAAAUCCAGUGGUUGCUAUCCCGGGGCUGCUUUACAGCAAUAUCUUUUUUCGUCUAACUUGACAGCCAUGUCAUCAACAGAAAGCCCGUCAUCCUCACCAUGGCCCACGCGUACAGUGAUUCAUCGGCGACCAGGUUCGCCGCCUGAGGUUUUGUCGCUCGAUGAAGGGACUUGUCCCGUCGCUUCCAACGGAAACUUCAGUCCUCGUUCGCGUGUCUCACGUGGCGCUCCAUCCGGGAACUAUCAUCCUGAUGCAUCUCGUCCCUUCGUUGUUCCGCCGUUUUCCAGCCAUCGCGGAGACAGACUUCUCCGGAGUCGUUGUCGGGGCUGGCGCUGGUGUGCCGACAGCAGCAGACAGCAGCACCCGGAACUUCCCCGUCGGCACGCCCGUUUUCGGUUCCUUUCAAGUUCCCGUUCAUCUGAGCAGCGGGCAAGGAGCCUUGGCAGAAUAUAUUGCCAUUGAGUUUUCGUCUAUUGCCCAGAAGCCGGAUAAUGUCUCAUAUGCGGCGGCGUCUGCCUUGGGUGCCUCACUUUACACGGCGAUCACGCUGAUUGACGCUGCGAAACUUCCUCCGAGAUUUAGAGUGCUUAUCAAUGCAGCUUGUGGAGGGGUGGGACAUUUCGCAACGCAAUUACUCAAGCAUCGCGAUCCAGAGGGCCAUAUCGUGGGAAUUUGUUCGCUACAUAAAGAGACACUCGCAAAACAGCUAGGAUGUGACGAAGUGAUUGACUACAGGGCCUUUCCUAACAGCGAACACCGGAGCCUAACAGAGUACCUAACCUCCCGGUAUGGAAGCACAGCAGAGGACAAAUUUGACGCUAUUUUUGAUGCAUAUGGAAGCCAGGACCUAUGGGAAUCAUCACCGGGUUAUCUAAAGAGUGGUAAAAAUCAUGUAUACGCAACUGUUGGGCCAAAAGUUGGCUGUACAUAUUCGGCAAUUCUUGGCUUCUUGUGGAAAAUGGCGAAGAACACACUUUGGCCGGCCUUGCUUGGCGGUGUACCCAGGGUGUACAGGCAGAUAUCCGCUUUCUUGGAUACUGAUGGCCUUGAGAAAUGCCGUGAAGUUGCUGUGGAUGGAUCUGUGAAGGCUUACUUGGGUGGGGUGUGGGAGAUGGAAGAGAUGAUGUUAGCAUAUAAGGAGCUCACCGGAGGCCAUGCGCAGGGAAAACUGGUGAUCAAAGUUUGGGAUCCAGAGAAUUGAUGGCAGGUUCAUCGCUUGAAUGGGAAGUAAGGCGAGGGAAUAUCGGGAGAUGAGGCUACUCCAUACAUACUAAGUAAUAAUGACAAGUUUACGCUUCAAA